AUGAAUGCCUUCGAACUGGAAGAUGCUUCACAUCGGAGCCUCUUCAGCUCCUCCUCCUACAUGGAGCUGCGGAGGCGACUCUGGCUCCGAAUCGCGACGAAGACCGCCUGCGUGCUGAUAUCGAUGGUGCUGAUUACAGUGAUCGGCCUGACCAUGGCGUCGCAGGAAUCCUCGUUACUGCCAGCAAACAUUGUUCGGCGGGCGAGGGAGAUUUACGUGGCGGAGCUCGCGGUGAGGCACUUUGGAAGAAGCAUGGCAGUGCCGGGCCGGGGAAAGCGACAGCGGGCUGCUGAUAUCACGCCAAUCGAAUGGAAGAGCAACCAGGAAGUUCCGAGGCGCAAUGGUGUGGCUUUGUGGGAUUUUUCGGGCCCGACAUCAGUAAAAGCGUCUGCGCCGCCGGCAUCUUCCAGCCGAGAGCUGCGUCGUGCUGAGCUCUUCGAGCAGUUUCGGGUGUUUUACGCGGGGGUGUGUGCCGAGGUGCUUGGGCUGGAGAAGCCGCCCUCCGAUUCCAUCGACCGAUGGCUGUUGGAACAGCUGGCACAACCCCGAAGUGCUCAGGCCACACGAGGUUCCAGGGAUCCGCUGCUUCCAUAUCCUCGACUGGCGGAAUCCUCCAACGUCCUGCGGCGAGAGUUGUUGGCCGAGGUGCCCAUGCGAUGCCAUUCCCGAGUCACGGGGAAGUUGGCGGAAGAGCAACUCGUCAGGUAUUUGGGCCGAGCCAGAGAGUGGCUGAUGAAGUUGCAUGAGCCUGUGGAUUCUGCGCUCUCCCGGGAAGUGAAGGCGCUGGGCGAGUGGCUGAAAGAGCAUGACGGGAGCUGGAAAGGGGGUCGCAGGUCUGCUGAGGAGUGCCUCUUCCGGCGCAAGCUGGAUGGGCUCGUCACGGAGACUGCAGGGGAGGUGGGGUUAUCCGUGCGCUUUCGCGUUGCCGUCGAGGACAAGGCAGUGGAGAUCCUUAAGAGGGUGUCUGACGAGGCCGAGUGUGUUGCAGAGCAGGUCAUGGCUUUCCAGGCAGCUGGUGAUGCUGAAGUGGCUUUGGAAGAAGCGAGUGAAGGCGCCCGUCGCUUUGCAAUCCUUCGCUUUGGCCAGGAUGCCAUACCCAUCUCCUGGAAGCUACGAAGCUUGUACGAGGUUCACAACGGCCCAGCCGACACCAAUAAGGACUGGGAGCCCAUGUUCAGGCAAAGGCUCUACUGCAUGCUGCGCCGCUACGUCACCUUCAUCGGCCUUGACCCCUCAAAAGAAGGCCAAGGUGGUAACAUGCAUGCCGCAGCCCCCGAGUCGGUCUUCGCGUGGUUGCGCCAGGAGAUGGGCGUGUCCUGCGAGCUCUUUGCCUCACCCCUGAAUUGCUACUUCGCCGAGUUUUACUCGGCUUUCCCUGAUGUCGACUCUGCCUUUGGUUCACGAGGCUCAUUCUUCGAAGUUGCAGAGCUGCCAGAGGGUUCCUAUGAAGUGGGCCCCCCCUACACCGAGGAGGUGAUGGACUUAAUGGCCAAGAAGCUCUUGACCCUCCUGCGUGGCUCCGGUGCGCAGCCCCUAAGCUUCGUUGUAUUCGUUCCGGAUUGGGGUGACGCAUGCACUGCGCUGGGGCUGAUGAGCGGUGAGGACUUCAAACCCUUCCGACACUGCCGGCAUGGAGGAAGCUUUGUCCUGGCCCGUGGGAGAGAGCACGAGUACAUCUCUGGCGUGCAGUUCUUUCAGCACUCAGGCGCUGAUGCAUCGCGGCGGUACUACGACGUGCCUCAUGGCACCCGCAUCUACGUUCUUCAAAACCCUGCUGGUGCGGCCAAGUGGCCCUUCACGGAGGAGAAGGAGCGCGCUCUCUUGGCAAAGCUGGCACCCGCUGCCCAGCAUAAAAAAUGCCCCUGA